AUGACGGCCUCUGAUGAUAGCUCGGUCGACUAUCUUCAUGAGGGGUUCGAUGGCUUUUCAGACGGAUUCUCUGAUAUCGCGGAAAACAACACCGCGCCCGUCUCCCCGCGGCCAGCCAAACGUCGCCGCCUGGAAACUGUGACCGCGUACUCGUCUCGGAAAGGAAUAUCUCAGGGAAAUAAUGUUGUGGCCAGCCCCCAGUCUGGCUCCGAUUCUUUUGUAGUUGAUGAUGAAGACAACUACGAUGAGCUGCCGUCCCCCAGCGCAGAGUCAUAUCACUUUGCCGAUCAACAUGACGUCGAGGCCCCGUCCAAGUACAAAGUGUUUGUUCCCAAGCGGAGUAACAUCCAAGACAAUAUCUUUGUUACCCAGUUGACCCAGCCGCCCUCACCUCCCGAAAUGAUUAGAGGUCCCCGGUGGAAGAAACCAGAACCCGAACCCGAACCCGUAGCAGUUAUUCCUACAGCAGCCGAAACCGGCGCCGGAGGUAGAACAGCAGCGAAAGGAGUCGUGGCCACUGGGGAGGACUAUAAUGAUGAAGAAAUGAAUGCUGCCAUAGCGGCAUCGCUGGAAUCGUUUGAGAACGAGCAACCUUGGGUGCCCUCCUCAGGCACGAAAGACUCUGCGCCACAGCUCGCUACCCAUUCCACCGAACCCAAAGAGGUCGCGACAGACACGUCCUUCUUCGAGGAUAUACCGGAUGAUGCAUUCGACUCUGAUAUAUGCUUGUCUUCACCCCCAAGAGCGCAGCCUCAAUCUGCAGCCCGACAAUUUACCCAGUCCUCAAAUCGGCCUCUGGGCGUCCGUCAAACCACGUUGUUUCAUAUGACAUCCCAAGGUCAAGUAGCCCAGCCACCCAUUGGAGAGCAAGUUUUAGCUCCACCAGAUAAGGUUGAGCUUCCGACGCAGCACAAAUUGGACGAAGAGGCCUUAAACACCUGGGUCUACCCAACGAAUCUUGGCAAAACGAGAGACUAUCAAUUCAACAUCGCCCAAAAAGGGUUGUUCCACAACUUGCUUGUCGCACUGCCCACGGGUCUCGGAAAGACCUUUAUCGCUGCGACGAUCAUGCUGAAUUGGUUUCGGUGGACCAAGAGUGCCCAGAUCAUCUUCGUCGCCCCGACGAAACCUCUUGUGUCUCAGCAGAUUUCCGCCUGUUUCGGAAUCGCAGGGAUUCCACGGUCCCAGACAACCAUGCUCACUGGAGAAGCGGCACCCGGUAUUCGAGCGGAGGAAUGGCAGAAAAAGCGCGUGUUCUUUAUGACUCCACAGACUUUGAUCAAUGACCUCAAGUCCGGCAUCGCAGACCCGAAGCGCAUCGUCCUGUUGGUAGUCGACGAAGCUCAUCGCGCGACCGGUGGCUAUGCGUAUGUGGAAGUAGUGAAGUUUCUUCGACGAUAUAACCAGAGCUUCCGUGUCCUGGCUCUCACCGCGACCCCGGGCUCCACAGUGGAGUCGGUCCAAGCUGUUAUCGAUGGACUCGAUAUCUCCAGGGUUGAGAUACGCACGGAGCAGUCGCUUGAUAUCAGAGAAUACGUGCAUGCGAGGAAUACCGAAGUCCAGACUUUUAAGAACUCUGAGGAGAUGGUUUUCUGUAUGGACCUACUCUCCAAAACAUUACAGCCUCUGGUUGACCAACUUCGCACUCUCAAUGCCUACUGGGGAAGAGACCCAAUGAUGCUCACGGCCUACGGACUCACUAAGUCGCGGCAGCAGUGGAUGGCUUCCGACGCUGGCCGCAACGCGCACUUUGGACUGAAAGGGAAGGUGAACGCAAUAUUCACCGUCCUCGCAAGUUUGGCCCACGCAAUUGAUCUUCUCAAGUACCACGGAAUUACGCCCUUUUAUCGCCACCUGGCGCACUUCCAGUCCAACACAGAUGGCCAGAAAGGUGGUAAAUAUCAGCGACAAGUGGUUCAAGAUGAGAGUUUCAAGAAGCUCAUGAAUCAUAUUCAGCCGUGGACCAAGAAUCCCGAAUUCAUCGGCCAUCCCAAACUGGAAUACCUUAAACAGGUUGUCUUGAACCAUUUUAUGGAUGCUGGCGACGGCGCUAAUGGAGGAGAAAGUACUAGCGAAUCGUCUACGAGGAUUAUGAUCUUUGUACAUUUUCGGGACAGCGCCGAAGAAGUGACGAGGGUAUUGAAAAGAUACGAGCCCAUGAUUCGACCUCAUGUCUUCGUAGGACAAUCCAGCGCGAAGGGCUCGGAGGGCAUGGGCCAAAAGGCCCAGCUCAACAUCGUGCAGAACUUCAAAAAGGGCGUCUACAAUACAAUUGUCGCCACCUCUAUCGGUGAGGAAGGUCUUGACAUUGGUGAAGUGGAUCUCAUUGUAUGUUAUGACUCCUCGGCGUCACCAAUUCGAAUGCUUCAACGGAUGGGACGUACUGGUCGAAAGAGGGCCGGAAACAUCGUCCUCCUUCUUAUGGAGGGCAAAGAAGAAGAGUCGUACAUCAAAGCCAAGGACAACUAUGAGAAAAUGCAGCAGAUGAUCGCUAGUGGUUCCCGCUUUACCUUCCAUGAUGAUAUGUCUCCCCGCAUCCUGCCACCCGCAGUGCGACCCGUGGCUGAUAAACGCCAAAUUGAAAUCCCGGAUGAAAAUGCGACUCAAGAACUACCGGAGCCAAAACGAAGGGGACGGGCUCCAAAGAAGCCACCAAAGAAGUUUCAUAUGCCAGACAAUGUAGAAACCGGCUUCACCAAAGCGUCAUCCCUGGCGGGGAAGAGCAAGUCAAAAGCUGAAAAUAGUAGGAAGCCUCGGAUGCCGACCCCGGAGCCGGUGGAUAUCCCGGCUCUUGAAGACGUUGUACUGACCUCGGCACAGCAAAGAGAGCUGGAACGACAUUAUCGCAAUAUUGGGGCCACUAGCCCACAGUUCAUCCGCUACCCGCGCAAUGACGCUUUUCCUCGUCUCCAGCUUGUUGCACGGCCUACCAAGGCCGUCCAGCAUGGGUCUCUGACUCGUCGUAUGAUCGGGACCUUGCGAAAGAUGAAUAGUAUCGGUGCAGACUGUGAGGACCGGUUCCGGAAGGUUCUGGCUCUAGAGUCAGCCAGGCCGCAAGGUGACUCGGUGAUUCUCAACCGAUCACCUUGUCGUGAGCGCCGUACCAAGUCGAAAGCCACACCUUGUUCCAAACAUUCAUCGGCUGCGGUUAAGAAGGCAUUGCUUGUUGAGGACCCUGAACCGGUGACCCCGGAACAACUGUUGUCGUCCGUUGUGAACGACCAGGCACAGCAGCCGUUCUAUUCUUCGCAAAUGAGCCAGGACGGGGGCUCAGAUGACGACUUUGAGCCCCCUGAUCUCAGUACACUUCUCAGUCGAAGCGCCGAGCGCGUCAAUCAACAGAAACGGGUCAAUUGA